GACAGUUUCGUUGACAGUUUUGUGUCAAUAGGUUGUUGAAGACUAAGUUGUAGAUUGUUAAAAGAGUGAUCAUGCCUUUAACACAUCCUAUUGAAAAUGCUGGAUAUAUCUCAUAUUUUCUACAAGCUUGGAUUAUUGGAAUUGUGAGAAAGCAAGAUUGGAAAAAAAACAUUCGAAAAUUUGCUACACCAACAGAAUAUGAUUCAAAGAUAUUACACCUGUCAUUAAAAGAGCUAUUUGACAAAGAUCAAAAGAAUGGAAAGAAUAUAUCUAUUUUGAAGCAUCUGUUUACUUUAUCGAAAACAGCCCUUUUGAAGGCAUACUUGUGUAGAAUUUUUUCUAUUACUUUUAAAAUGACUAUUCCCUUUCUACUUCAAAUAAUAGUCUUUGAUUUGGAAAAUAAAGUAACCUACACAACAUAUGUUGUAGCAUUUGCAUUAAGUUUCUUUUUAUUAAUUGAUGGCAUCCUCAGUAGAUUAUCAACAGUAAUUUCAAUAUAUCAAGCCAUUGCUCUUCGUGCUGCUUUAAGCUCUUGCAUAUUUGAAAAAAUAAUGAAAAUAGAUUAUCAAUUAUAUCAUGCACUAUCAACUGGAUUUAUUCUCUCUACAAUUUCAACUGAUAUUGAAAAACUGUAUGUCUUUGCAACAUAUGUCACUUCUAUUGUUUCAGGCACCUUGCUAAUAGUUGUAGUUACAGUUUUGAUAGCUAUCUUUUAUAAUCCUAUUGCUGCACUUGGUUAUUUUUCUUUGAAUCUUGCAAUUGUUACUUUUCUGUGUUUUUUUGGACUUAAGCAAGGUUCAUUUAGAGCAAAAAUAGCAGAGAAAAGUGAUAAAAGAAUUUUAUUCAUGAAUGAAAUCUUGAUUGGUAUGCAAACAAUAAAGAUGCAAGUGUGGGAAAAAUAUUUCAUAAAGACAAUUAAAAAAUUAAGGGAAAGUGAAAUAUUGGAAAUAUUUAAUACUUACAUCUUUCGAAACAUCAAUAAAGCAAUAUCUAUUAUUGGAGUUAGAUUAAGCACAUUGUUAGUCAUUACAAUCUGCAAGUUAUUAGGUGAAGAUAACUUCACUUAUCCAGUCUAUAUACGACUUUUAUUGCUCAUUGCAUUCACCCAAGCUGAUAUGUUUCAAUAUCUUCCAUUGUGUUUUUACCUAAUAAAUGAAAUAAAAUCUUCAAUGGGAAGAGUUAAUAAACUACUAAAUGCACAAGACAAAAAUGAUAAUGAAAAGGAAAUGUCAUUGGAGGAAAAAGCCUAUCUAAAAACAGAUGAUUCAGUUUUUGCAGCUUGUAAAAUUAAAACAGCAUGGAAGAAUUCAUGCUCUGAAAAAUUAAAAUACUGUUUAAGAGAUGUGACAAUCAAAACUUCCGAAUCCAAACUAAUUGGCAUAUAUGGCUCAGUUGGUUCUGGAAAAUCAACUCUCUUAUUAACAAUUUUGAAAGAAAUACCACUUUUUUCUGGCUUCUUGAGCUGUCCCUCUAAAAUAUCAUUUGCUCCUCAACUAUCAUGGUUGUUCAAUGGUUCCCUAAAACAAAAUAUCCUUUUUCAUGAAUCAUUUGAUGAGAAGAAAUAUCAACAAGUUCUCCAUGCUACUUCACUUGAAAAAGAUAUAAGUGAGUGGGUAAAUGGUGAUCAAACACUGGUAGGUGAAAGAGGUCUCAUGUUGAGUGGUGGACAGAAAGCAAGAAUUGCUCUAGCAAGAGCUAUCUACAGAGAUGCUGAUCUUUAUUUAUUGGAUGAUCCACUGAGUGCUUUAGAUAAGAAAGUUGGAGGAGAAAUUAUGACUAGAUGUAUAAAAGGAUAUUUGAAAGAUAAAUUAAUCAUACUUGUUACACAUCAAGUUUCAUUUCUCAAGCAAGCUGAUUUUUUGUUUGAAUUAGAAAAUGGAAUUUGCAGAGAAGUAGCCGUAUCCUCUUUUAUAAAAUUUAAGUGUGAACAUUCAAAACAAAAGUCAGAUGAUACUUGCUAUGAAGAACAAUUUAUAGAAGAGGAAGACAGCAGCACUGGAUUUGCUGGAUUAAAAACAUAUCAUAACUAUUUUAAAAAUGGAAGCUAUCUAUUGAUAGGAUUUUUUCUUGUUCUAUUUGCCCUGAUUUUUAUCUUGUUGACAACCUAUGAUUUGUCUCUAACAGCCAUUCUUGUAGUGUUACUAUCUUAUUCAUUUAGUAAGCUGUCACCUAUUUCUAGUGAAUUAAAGAGAUUUGAAGCAAUGGAUAGAACACCUAUGUUUCAACAGAUAGAUAAUGUUUUAAGUGGUAUUCUGACAAUAAGAUGUUUUGAAAAAGAACAAGUUUACAUGAAGAAAUUUUAUGAAGCUUCAAAUCAACACAGCAAUACUGCUUUAUUAUUAGAAACUUUUGUCAUGUUUAGUCAACAAGUUUAUUCAAUAAUUGUGUUAGUUUUCAUUAUGGUUGUAGCAGUUAUAAUAAUUUUCUUUUUAUCAUCCUUUAAUCCUCUAAUAUCAGCAUUGGUAAUCACUUAUCUUUGCAGUAUAUUUGAUGCUCUUCAAUUUUCACUGAGAGUUAUGUCAGAUUUCGAUAUUGCUAUGAUAUCAGUUCAAAGAAUUACACAUUACUCUACACUUGGUCAAGAACAGGAUACAAUUGACAAUUCUGUGGAAAUAUCACCAUCUUGGCCUCAAAAUGGACACAUUAAAUUUAAAAAUGUUUCUUUGAGAUAUGAUGAAAAAUUGCCAUUAGUUCUCAAAUCAUUAAAUUUUGAAAUUAAAGCAGGAGAAAAAAUUGGAGUUGUUGGAAGAACUGGAGCAGGGAAGAGUUCUCUUCUUGCUGCCCUCUUUCAGUUGACUAAAAUAGAGGGACAAAUUUUUUUAGAUGAUAUUGAUAUUGUAAAUAAUGUAGAUUUAAGCAAAUCUAGAUCAGUGAUUUCAGUUAUACCACAAGAUCCUAUUUUGUUCUCUGGAUCAUUCAGAUCUAACCUAGAUCCUUUUGAUAUAUAUACUGAUGAUGAGAUAUGGUCAAGUUUGGCAAAAGUUCAAUUGUCACAACGAGUGUUUAAUCAAAGAGAACAACUUGACUCCCAAAUUAUGGAAGGUGGAAAAAAUCUGAGCAUUGGAGAGAGACAGCUUUUUUGCUUAGCUAGAGCAAUUUUAAAGAAAAGUCGUAUUUUAGUGAUUGAUGAGGCAACAGCAAAUGUCGAUAAUAAAACAGAUGAAAUCAUUCAAGAGAUAUUGAAAAGUGAAUUCAAAAAGUGUACAAUGAUAACCAUUGCUCAUAGGUUAGAAACAAUAAAGCAUUAUGAUAGAAUCAUUGUUAUGGAUAAUGGUCAAAUUAUUGAAAGUGGUAGUUAUAAUGAUCUAAUGGAAAAGAAGGAACAUUUAUACAUGCUUGCCCACAGUUAA